AUGUUCAAGUCGAUUGCUGUUUUAUUCUCUCUAUGUAUUGGUCUGAUUAUUGCUCAGCAAAAUCUCUUCGAUGAUCGAUAUGGAAGUCGAAUUCCACAACAACUACCAUUUUUUGCUGCGGCUGGUGGAGGUUUUAACUUAAAUCCCCCAGUGAAUCCUGUCACUGUGAAUAAUAACAACAAGAACACUAAUAACAAUGAUGGCUUAGUCGAUGAAUUUGGACAAUGCGGUGGUUUAGAUUGGGAAGGUCCGAAAACCUGCCGAGCGAACCUAGCUUGUUUUAAACGAUCAAAAUACUAUUCCCAAUGCUUAUCUAAUGAAGCAGCUGCAACUGCCACUCGACCAGCGCCACCAGUAAUUCCACCAGGUGGUAAAUGUCAUGGUGGAAACGUUCGUGGACCACUUGCUUGUGCUAUUGGUACAGCUUGUUUUAUUCAAGCAGAAAAUGUUCAUGGCGAAUGUAAAACACAUUGUCCACAAGGUUGGGCUUGUGAGAGACAAACAUUACCCGAAUGGGCACCAUGUGGUGGUGAAGGUUACGUUGGUUUGACAAAAUGUAAAGAAGGUCUUCAUUGUAUUGCACAUUCAAAAUGGUACCAUGAAUGUCGAUCCGAAUGUCCUGACGGAUGGAAAUGUUAA